AUUCAACAGCGUGGGUAACUCAAUCUAUUCAUAAUGUUGGCUAUUCUGAUUGAUGAGAGAACCGUGAAAAUAGCUUGCUCUAUAUUGUUUGUAGCUUGGCUAUACUGAAAUUGGGAAGGAUUUAUGAAGAACUAUAGAAUCUAUUUUAGUUUAAUAAAUAAGCCCGCCAGACUCCUGCCCUAAACAGACCUAACGCUAGCAGAUAGUAACAGGAAAUGACGUGAGCGAACUUCCUCCAGACAUUGAUUCCGCAUGAUGCUCAACAUAUUAGUUACUCUUGAGCUAUCACUGCUAAAAGACAGCUGGAAACGUUUGCUUUGUAUACUCGUAAGACACAGGUUUCUAAGAUACUAACUUUCAGCCUGUUAGCUCUAGCGUUACGUGAAACAAGUUAUCAAAUUUGAAGUAGCACGUCCAUAACUAUUUCUUGACGUUCAUUUCAACAAACUGUCUGGUGAUGCCGAAAAGGUUAUACACUACUGAAUUGUAGCACGUGUCUCAAAAGAAAAUGGCGGGGAAAGGUUUCGUGCGAGUAAAACUGCUUCAAGUAGAGUUUGGAGACGAAGUGACUAAUGGGUCAGCCUCAGACAUAAUCGAUCCUUUCUGUGCUGUGAAUCUCAAGGAAGCAGUGGAGAUACCAGGAAAACCUGGUGUGCAGCUGGUGCAACGGAAGAAGCUUCAUUACCCAGAAUGGAAUUCAUGUUUUGAUGUUCAUCUGUUUAGAGGUUCACUAAUUCACCUUCUGGUUAUGGACAAACCGAACAAACUACUAGCUGACCUGCUGAUCCCGGUUCAAGUCUUGGCCGACAAGUGUAGAGGAAACGACGAAGUUCCUUCUAUUUGGCUUAAACUACGACCAAGUGGAAGACUGAAUGUCCAAGUUAGAUGUUACAAAGAUGGUGAAGUUCCUUUGUUAGAGGAUGACCUAAGAACAAAUAGUGGAAUAGCAAGACGCCGUGGAGCUGUAAGACAUCAUAAGGUCCAUGAAGUAAACGGUCACGAAUUUAUUGCUAAGUUUUUUCGACAGCCAACUUUUUGUGCAUUUUGUAAAGACUUCAUGUGGGGAUUUGGAAAGCAAGGCUACCAGUGUAAAACGUGUCAAGUGGCCGUCCACAAACGCUGUCAUGAUAAGUUCCUUGGAAAAUGUCCUGGAGCAGGAAAGGAAUCACAAAACACACUGUAUCUGAGGGAGCGGUUUAAAAUCAACGUCCCUCAUCGCUUCAACGUUUAUAAUUACAUGAGUCCUACCUUCUGUGAUCACUGUGGUUCACUUCUUUAUGGCCUGUUUCGCCAAGGUUUGAAAUGUGAUCAAUGUAAGCUGAACUGUCACCGAAAAUGUGCGAUACACGUACCCAACUUAUGUGGAGUUAACCAAAAACUAUUAUCAGAAGUGUUGGCAACAGUUAAGAAAGAUAUCUACCCACCUACUGUGACUACAAAGACAGGAACUCCACCUGAGAUAUCUCUGUCUUUUGUUCUUCCACCGUCUUCUUACAGCAGUGAUUCGGACGAGGAGUAUGAUCGUUUGUUGGAGCAGGCGAGCAGUGCUCGGAGAAAUAAAUCCUCAGAAAAACCCGCUACACCAACACAGUCCUCUAUGAUUACACCCAAAGUUUCCAAAACCCAGCAAAGAAAGAAAUACACCUUGAGCGAUUUCCGUUUCUUAAAAGUUUUAGGAAAGGGGAGUUUUGGGAAAGUGAUUUUGGGGGAAUUAAGAGAACAACAGAAGUAUUACGCUAUUAAAUGCUUAAAGAAAGACGUAAUUUUGGAAGAUGACGAUAUCGAGAGUGUGGUAGUCGAGAGAAAGGUGUUGUCGCUCGGGGUCGCUCAUCCAUUUCUCUGUUCGCUUCUUUGUACCUUUCAAACAGAGUUUUCUCCGUAUUUCAGGUUUUACUCAUCAGAGAUAGUUGUGGCUCUGAAGUUCCUGCAUAAGCGACGAAUAAUAUAUAGAGAUCUGAAAUUAGAUAACAUCCUAUUGGACAAAACAGGUCACGUGAAAAUCGCAGAUUUCGGGAUGUGUAAAUAUGGAACUGCAAAUGAAAUGAAAGCUUCGACAUUUUGUGGAACACCAGAAUAUAUCGCUCCGGAGGUCAUCAAAGGUCAGCACUAUAACCAGUCAGUAGAUUGGUGGUCUUUUGGUGUUCUACUGUACGAAAUGCUGAUUGGCCAGUCGCCUUUUAACGGCAGCGAUGAAGAAGAAGUUUAUUGGUCUACCUGUAAUGAAGAGGCGUAUUAUCCUCGAUUUAUCAGCAAAGAAGCGAAACAGAUCCUUAUCAAGUUGUUGGAGAAGAACCCUGAGAACCGAUUGGGUAUGCCUACCUGCUCGGCGGGGGAUAUUUGUGAUCAGGCAUUCUUCAGAACUGUGAACUGGGAAAAAGUUGAGCGAAGGCAAUUGGAACCUCCGUUCAAGCCUAAAGUGAAACACCUUUUUGAUGCCAGCAACUUUGACAGUAACUUCACGAUGGAGAAGCCAGCCCUCACGCCUGUUGAUCUUCAGAUACUGGAAUCGAUGGAUCAGACGCAGUUUAAGAAUUUCAGUUACACCACUCAUUACAUGGAUGAUGAUUAGAAACCUUCAGUUUGUACCUCGUGACUGCUCCAAUAAUCAUGUAUCCGAGAAGUGUAUGAAUCAGUAAGAUACUUAAUAGUGAAUUAGAUUCCCUGAGGAAUUGACCAAUACUAGACAUUUGAAGGGUUCUUUACACAACGAGCUGAAGGUUAUCUUAGGUUAAUGUAAAGAAAAUUCAGUACUAGAAUCAAAAUAGAAGUUUGGGUAAUCGAUUUACUGUUAACAAACAAACGUUAUACAUGAUUUAUUUUUGUAACUUCAAUCAGGAACUUUAUUUAUUUGUAAAUAAAUACAAUUAACUUGAUGGAAAAGCAUAUGUUUUGAAUCUUCAAGCAAAACUCUAGAAGGCCCAGAAACAAGUUUGCUUUGUUUUACGGAAAAUGACUACGUGUGGAUUUCAAUGCUUAUCCCUAACCCAAAGCACUUUGUCUGAAAGUGUUCAAAUAUUUUAUACUAUGUUGGCAUCUCCAGUGUGUUAUUAUUAUAUUUUGAAUACCAGUGCAUUCUCAAGUGUUUUGUCCAAGAAAUACUAUAUAUAUUCUACCUUAAUCUUUUUUUUUCUCGAGACUUAGGCUUCCAGUGAAAUUGAAACGGUAUUCAAACGCCUGUGAAACUGGCUCUAUUAUGGAUUUAAACACAUAUUUCAACUUACUCGGUCUUCAGAAAAGGAAACCCGCAACGCUUGUGACACUGUCCUAAGUAUAGGACGAUCUUCGGGAGUAAACAGUUAAACAUUUCUAAUUAGAUAUUUAUACAAAAUUUACAUUGACCGUAACCAUUUCCCAUAAUGAAAUGAUACCUAAUGUUUUGUGAAGCUGGUUCAACUUCUGGCCAGGUAUAUUGUAGAAUAAUUAUGUUGCUAGGCUAGACUAUUAUUACGAAGGAAAAUGAGCGGUAAGUUUUUUUCGUGACAUGCUUCCAGGGGGGAUGGGGGGGGGGGUAAAAUGUGUGACUUUAUUGAAAUAAAAGGGUUUUGUAAAAUAACACUAGACAUUUGAGGAAUAUUUACUGGUAAUUCAACAACAAGUUCUGCCUUACAGAACACGAAUAUCACAGCUUCUGGACUUGUAACGAACAAAGUGAAGCUCUCUUAUCUAAACCAUAAACCGAAGUUCGUUGGUCGUUAAAGUUUAGUUAAACAUAUUGACAGUUAGAUAAGAGAAUUGUGUUACCAAACACGACCUCGCCUUAUCCCAAAUAUCAUGUAAAUAGCUUUUAUAAUUUCGUUAAAGAAAUAAUGAAAUUAUGUAACUAUGAGCAGGUACAAAAAUAUUAUUUAAAUUAAAUAGUUACCAGGCGCCUUUUAACUUUUAGUACCAGAUACUAAGAAUGUGAGGUAGUGUAGUUCAUAGUAGUUAGUAUGUAUGUAGCUCUGUUUUGGAUGUACGUUGUGAUGACUCCAUGACAAACCCAUUAAAUUAUAUUGCUAAUUAUGAAGGUUAGUUCGCUAUGUCUAUUAGAAGUAUAAGGGUUUAAUAAAUAUAACUUUUUGUUCACCAAAUGUAAUUCAACUGGUUAUGUUUAUUAAUAUAGAUAAACAUUACUGUUGAGAAUAACUGUGUUUUAAAUUAUCUAAAAUAAAGAAAAGAGAGACAUUGCAACAAAAUAUGUCAUCGUACUUAUCGAACGUGUAAUGAAAAUAACAAUCAAGUUGAACACGAAAUGCUGUAUGAAACGAAAAUAAGUAUUAAAAGUAAAAAGGUGAACAAAAUUUUGUAAUGACUCAUUUUUCACUUGAAUGUUUAAAAAAAAUUCUACUUAGUGCUUUGAGUAUUUCGUUAAAUACAAUGUCUUGGUCCAAAGAAUAAUAAAAAAAAUUAUUUCAUGUUAUAAACUAGAAGAACGACACCACUAAAACGUAUAAAAAUCUAAACUUACAAGUAAUUUGUGUGAAAAGGAAUAUUUAAAAUUUCGUGAAGAGCACAGCUCUAGUCAGAUGUCCAAAAUCUCUCUGUAUAUAUAUAUAUAUAUAUAUAUGUAUUAUUUUAUAUUCAUUAUUGCCUUUCUUUAGGGUUAUGUAAGUGAAAUGGAGUCUAGCUAUUGUGUUGACGUUUUAAAUUAAUGAAUAAACCAUUACCAAC